UCAAGGACUCCCUUCAUUGAUCUACUCCUUCUCCCUCCCUCAGCUCUUUAUUCAGCCCCCUUCCCUCCCUCACCGGUCUUGACAGACAGAUCCUAAAAAAAUUCAUACCCCAUUAUCCUUACUUUCUUCCCCUUUAGAUCCAUACCCUUGCGUAAAGCAUCACCAUGAAACUCACAGCCACAAUCCUUUCUGUUGUGGCAGCGGCCUCUUUGGUCUCUGCAGGCACAUUCCACCCUCAUAAGAUCAAUCCUCACGAUACUAUCUCCAAUGGUUACAUCAUUCAGUAUGAUGACAAUGUUAACCACGCUCAGGCACAGAACUCUUUGAAGUCUCAUAAGGUCGACUUCAAGGUUCGUAACCAGUACAACGUCUUCAACGGAGCCGCUGUUACUGUCAAGUCUGGUCAUAAGGGUGAAGAGCUUGCCAAGUUGCCUGGUGUCAAGAACGUUUGGCCCAUCACUCUUUAUUCCAUCCCCAAGCUCCAGAAGAGCAACAUGAAGAGCAAUGAUCCAGCGGCCGCUUCUCUUCACACUAUGACUGGUGUUGACAUUGUCCACAAGAAGUACAAGUUGACCGGAAAGGGUGUCAAGGUCGGUGUCAUCGAUACUGGUAUUGAUUACAAGCACCCUUCCUUUGCUGUCCCUGGCGCUAAGGAGGGAUGCUUUGCUCGCUAUGGCAAGAACUGCCGUGUCAAGUACGGUUGGGACUUUGUUGGUGAUGAUUACACUGGAGAAGAUCCCAAGCCUGACUCGGAUCCUCGUGAUUGCGGGGGACAUGGUACUCACGUUGCUGGUAUUCUCGGUGGUGGUGCUGUGGACUCCAAGACCUCUCCUAAGCCUCCUCAGCCGUUUGUUGGUGUUGCCCCUGAAGUUACUUUUGGUGCCUAUCGCAUCUUCGGAUGUAAAGGCUCUGCUGGAGAUGAUGUUAUCCUUGCUGCCAUGGAGCUGGCCUUCAACGAUGGCAUGGACGUCAUCAACAUGUCCCUUGGAGGUGGUUCCGCUUACAAGAACAACCCAAUUUCUAUCCUCGGUGAUAAAUUGAUUGCUCACGGCAUGGCUUUGGUUGCUUCUGCUGGCAACGCCGGUUCUGACGGAGCCUGGAUGGUUUCAGAUGCUGGUUUGGGCGACCUUGCUAGCUCCAUUGCCUCUUUCGACAACAUCUACGGCAUUUAUGAUUCCGUCUCCUAUGGCGGUGCGGCACACCCUUAUAGUCCAUCUGAGAACUACAACAACCGCAUCGAUCUUCCUGCCAGCGCUACUCUUGUCCCUAUCUUUGAGAAGGAUGGUUCGCUUUCAGAUGGAUGCGAUCCCAACAUCUACAAGAGCACUGAUGUCAAGGGUAAGGUCGUCCUUGUCUUUGGUGAUCUCACUCGUUGCAAGUCUGGUGCUCGUGGUGUCAACGCCAAGGAUGCCGGUGCUGCUGGUAUCCUGGUCCAGACCACUCCCUUCGGACUCGCAGGCUUGGCCGGCAAUCCCGGUUUCCCCAUGGGUUCGAUUGAAAACAAGGCUGGUAAUGACAUGCUUGCUGCCUGGAAAAAGGACCCCAAGACUCGAUUGGUUUGGAGCAAGAAGCCCUCCAACUUCUUGAUCGAAGGUGGUGGAGCUCCUUCAGACUUCUCUUCUUUCGGUUUGGAUGGAGACCUUCGCUCCAAGCCUGAUUUUGCUGGUCCUGGUGGCAAUAUCUUGUCAGCUUUUCCCCUUGCUAAGGGUGGUUAUGCUAUCCUCUCCGGUACCUCCAUGUCCAGCCCCUACGUUGCUGGUGCUCAUGCGUUGUAUAUUCAGGCCAAGAAAUCCAAGCCCCGUGGUGAUAAACUUCGUCAGAUUUUUAAGAACACUGCUACCAUCGCCUCCAACUUUGGCUCCAAGACCAAGGCAUCUGCUGCUAAGCAGGGUGCUGGUCUCAUCAAUGUCUUGAGCGCCAUCACUACCAAAACCUCCAUCUUCCCUGACCAUAUUGACCUUCUUGACUCGACCCAUUUCAAGAAGACUGUCAAGAUUUCGAUUAAGAACGAGGGAAAGCACACUGAGACCUACACACUCUCUCACAUCCCUGCCGAUACUUUGAACUCGUACCCCAAUAAGAACACCUUCCCUUUGGGUACCCCUGUCAUUGAAGCUGCUUAUGCCACUGUCAAAUUCUCUGUUGACAAAGUCAAGAUCCCUGCUGGUAAGACUGCCAAGAUCACUUUGACAUUCAAGGAGCCCAAGAAGGGCGAUGCUUCAGAAUUCCCUCUGUACUCUGGAUAUGUCGUUGCGACUCCUAAGACUAAGGGCGGUGUUGCUGUUCAUGUUCCAUACACUGGUGUCAAGGGAGAUAUUGCCAAGGUUCCAAUCUUUGACACCGACAGUGGUCUCCCCUUGUUGCUCGCAUAUGAUGGUGAUGAUUCAUUGGAGGAUGUUACUCCAGAUUAUCAAUUCAAUCUUUCCAGCACAAAGUUACCAGCUAUUUUGACCCGUCUUGGUUCGCAUACUCCUGAAUUCAGCAUCCGUAUCUUCGACGAUAAGAAGAACUUUGUUGGAUAUGCUCACAGCGCCAACCGUGGACAAUCUUUUGGCUGGCUGGGACGUGACCCCACCUAUAAUGAUGAUGGUUCUCUCUAUUUCAAUGCCUGGAUCUGGGAUGGUAUGUACACCAAAACCAUGGAUCCAUCCGAGACUCCAGUGCUUGUCUCCAAACAUGGAGUUUAUAACCUUGUUGUCGCUGCUCAGCACAAGUUGAGCAAGGGCGCCUAUCCUAAGGACUUUGAAACACAUGAGUUCAGCAACCCCAUUGUCAUUACGGGACAGCAGAAGUAAAAGAGUUUUUAUGCAUUCAGGAGUGGAGGGGCGCCAUCUUUCAUCUUUAUAGUGUAUAAUCUUCUAUAAUUAUAACAUUUCAUAUCAUCAUGUAAUAAAAUAAAACAAUGGAAAAAUGCC